UUUCGCAACCAUUCCAACUUCAAAUCUUGCCGCGAUCCCGUCAGGGACGUUCAGAAAUUACAGUUUACGCGCGAAAACUGACCGGCCGUUAAGACUAUUUAAAUAAAAAUAAAAAAUUUCCUCAAAAUGGCUCUUACUAGUGCUCGGAAUGUUGUGAAUUUGCAAGAUAAGGGACACUUCGAACAAGAAAAUGAACGGAUUACUGAAAAAUAUACGUUGGCGGAUAAACUACCAGCUCAACUCAAAGAGCUCAACCUUCGGCCACGUAGUUUGUCCAAACCUUCCUACAGCCUGCGGAAACUCACCACCAAUGAUAAGGACUCCGUUAUUGAUUUCUUGAGAAGAUAUUUCUUCCGCGACGAGCCCCUCAACCAGACCAUCAACCUACUAGAAACUCCUGAGUCCCGAUGCUUUGAAUUGGAAGACUAUGCAGCCAGCACAUUGGAGGAUGGAGUGUCUGUGGCGAUAGUUGAUGAAGAUGGCCAGUUUGUGGGCAUGGUUAUCAAUGGAAUUGCUAAGAGAGAUGAAGUGGACUACACAGACAAAUCAGAAGAGUGUCCUCACCCAAAGUUCAAGAGGAUUCUCAAACUGCUCUGUCACCUGGACAGAGAAGCAAGAAUCUGGGACAAGUUGCCAGCCACCUGUGAUACAGUUCUGGAGAUCAGGAUAGCUUCCACACACCCUGACUGGCGAGGCAGGGGGCUUAUGAGGAUCCUUUGUGAAGAAUCAGAACGGAUAGCCCGCGAGAUCGGCGCAAGCGCAUGCCGCGUGGACACGACGUCCGCCUUCUCGGCGGCAGCGGCAGAGCGCCUUAACUACAAGAACGUGUAUAGCAUUCUGUAUUCUGAACUGCCGUAUGCGCCACACCCCGACCCACCCCAUCUCGAGGCGAGGGUGUAUAUCAAACAGCUGUGAAAUAUUUCAAAGAGGCAAAAGCAACGGCUUGGCUUUCAAAAAGCGAAUGAUUUCAGCAAAGACAAAUGUUUAUAGAGUUAAGUUGUCAUUAUAACCUACAUAUGAUUAAGUAUUAUUUUAGUGCUACCUUAUAAAAAAUAGAUUCGAAAUCAAGUAUUGGCUGUUAUAGUAUAAUAAUAUAUCUUUAUUCUUUUAUCGGUUAACGCAUUCCAAAGUAAUUUGAUUCAAUUUUACGUAAUAAAAAUUUAUAAAUAAAUACGAAAAUACGCUCAAUUAAAAAAUGGCAGUUUGUAAGACAUACUUGCUAUUAAAAACGCAUACUAGGUAAUAGAUAUUAUGAUAAGAUUUUUAUGAACUAAGCUGUUUUAUUCUUAGGUAAAAACUUAUAAUUUAGUAUUUUAUAAAAUGGCGAAGUUCAUAAUAGAUGCAUAAUUAAUAAAUAUUCAAAAAGCGUUUUUUAAAUCAGUAAUGACCAAAAAAGUUGUUUGCAUGUAUGUACCUACAAUAAUUUUAGG